CAGAGAUUCCGCCCCAGGGCCGGCUCCGGCUGGUUGGCUUUCCUGCCGCCGUUUGUCCCUCGCGAAGCCCCGUUGCCCGCCCGGGAGGCGUGACUAGGGGCUGGAAGCAGGCGGGCCGCGGCGCCGUGGGCGCGGGCUGCCGCUGUCAUGGACGCCUGGGUCCGCUUCAGUGCUCAGAGCCAAGCCCGGGAGCGGCUGUGUAGGGCUGCCCAGUAUGCCUGUUCCCUUCUUGGCCAUGCUUUGCAGAGACAUGGGGCCAGUCCUGUGUUACAGAAACAGAUUCGACAGCUGGAAGGUCAUCUGAGUCUUGGAAGAAAGUUGCUCCGCCUGGGUAACUCGGCAGAUGCGCUCGAGUCAGCCAAAAGAGCUGUGCACCUCUCCGACGUUGUCCUGAGAUUCUGCAUCACCGUUAGUCACCUCAACCGAGCCUUAUACUUUGCCUGUGACAAUGUUCUGUGGGCUGGGAAGUCCGGACUCGCUCCCCGUGUGGACCAGGAAAAGUGGGCGCAGCGUUCAUUCAGGUACUACCUGUUCUCCCUCAUCAUGAAUCUGAGCCGUGAUGCUUAUGAGAUCCGCUUACUGAUGGAGCAAGAGACCUCAGCUUAUGGCCGGCGAAUGAAGGUUUCUGGAGUCCCAGGAGGAGUUGAGACUGGGGGACCUGGAGGAUCAGGGACUCCAGGAGGAUGCCUGCCACAACUGGCUCUGAAGUUUCGACUCCGGGUCCUGCUCCUGGCUCGUGUCCUUCGAGGUCACCCCCCUCUUCUGCUGGAUGUGCUCAGAAAUGCCUGUGACCUCUUCAUCCCACUGGACAAACUGGGCCUCUGGCGCUGUGGCCCUGGGAUCGUGGGCCUUUGUGGUCUCAUAUCCUCCAUUCUGUCUAUUCUCACCCUAAUCUGUCCCUGGCUACGACUCAAGCCCUGACAUUGUGUUACAAGAUAAGAAGGGAGCCUGGAUUGGUGAGAUGGAGUUUUAGAUUGUCCCCGAUGUGGCAGCCUCAUCCUAACGUGACUUCUUGAUUGAAGUUAGGUCCAGAUACUCAGGAAUGAGGGGAGAACCUUGCCAAAGACAAGGUCAGGAAGGCGAUGUCGCUGGGAAGACUCUAGCAUGCCUCGAGAGGUGUCUGGGCUUCUCUGUCAUCGCCGGAAUCUCUUUGCUCUCUUCCCUUUAUCUCCCUUGAGUCUGGUUAAGAAUUGUCACCAUGCGGCAGAAUUGUAUUUCUUAGUUCCCUAUCCGGACACUUAAACAGAAUUCCUUCGUGGUAGGAGAAGCACACGUUUUUGGUGGCAAAGUGCUAAUUGCAUUCUUUUUCUGAAGCAACAUGGAGCAUAGUGUUUUUCCUUCACACUCCAUAAUUUUCGAGGCUUCAUUUCAUGUCCCAGCAGACUCUUCCCUCAUAUCUCUGCACCGAAGGCCAUUUGACACUUCUCCUCUGUGUCUACCUCACCAGCCUCCUUCCUGAUUUGGCACUGACCCUUCUCUCCUCCAUACCUUCCCGUGUCUGCUUACACUUUGAUAUUAGAGUUUCCUUCCUCUCCUGGCUCUGCCCUUUCUUUAACUGUCCAGGUUGAUGCUGUGUCUGGCCUCUCGCUGUAAAUACUGUACAAUGAAUCUCUGUAAAUAACUGUGGUCCAUGCCCACGGUGCAGGCAAGCCUUGCAGGUCAGCACAUUAAAGAUCGGUUUGCUCACUGA